AUGUCGAACUUUCAGAACCGUGAAUACGUGGCCCAUGCUGGAGCUCGCUUCCCGAUCAAGUGGACCGCGCCAGAGGCGGCCAACUACUCGCGGUUCACCAUCAAGUCGGACGUCUGGUCGUUCGGCAUCCUCCUCACCGAGUUGGUCACCUACGGCCGAGUGCCCUAUCCGGGAAUGCACAACGCCGAGGUGCUGCGUCAGGUUGAGUCGGGCUAUCGGAUGCCGCGACCGGCCGGCUGUCCUCCCGAGCUCUACGACCUCAUGAUCGACUGCUGGGCGGCCGACGAAGCCGACCGGCCCAGCUUCGCCGAGAUACACGCCCGUCUCGAGGUCUACGGCGACGAGGAGCGUCCGGCCUACAAGGAUCCCGAGGCGACCGCCGCCGUCCUCUCGCCAGAUCCCAACAUGACGACCAAACCGGCCGGAUCCCCGCAUCCCCCCGCCGCCAAACUGGACCUCGGGCAAGCCCAACUCCACUCAGCCUCUCCUCAACCGCCGCCCCCACCUCCACACCAUCACCACCACCCUCCUCACCAUGCCCACCAGCCACAUCACCACCAGCCAGCCCAGCAACAGCACCAGCCCCACCAUCCACCUCAUCACUCGGGCCAAUUGGAUCGACAUGCCACCAAGGCUCUGUCGACACGCGUGAGUGGAGCUAGCGCAUCCACGAGGGCUGCAGCAAUCGUACCCGAAAUUCCUGUAUCACCCUAA